AUGGACAAAAGAAUUUCAAAGAAGCAAAAGAAACAUAGGAACUUAAUUAUCAAUGAAGAUUCCAUGGAUGAGGAAGUAGUUCUUGAAUCUCCAUUUGGAAAUGAUAAAGUGGAUUCUUCACCUGUGAGGGGCUCUCCUAUCAACUCGAAUUUCGAGGCGAUUGGGAAUCCUGGUGGAAAUGUGGAAGCUUGUAAAGUCAACACAACCACUAAUCAUGGUGAACAAACGAAGAAUUCUACUCCUGAGAAGACAAUUGUCACACCACUCAGAGAGUCGACUACCAAAUCAAUUUUUAAAGAGGUUCGCACUUCAGGCAUCACUGCGAAAACAUCUAAUAUGGACGCAAAUGUUAGUACGGGUGAAGGAGUAUCGAACAAAGAAGUCCAAGAAGGUCCAAAAACAAUUAGCGAUGAUGAAAUCGAUGAUGGUGAAUUUGUGGGUUCAUUUGUUGAUAUUCAAUUCAAUUCUGAAGAAGAAAAGAUACAUGAUGACAUGUUGAUCUCUGGGAAGCAAUUUCAGAUUCUGAACCGAAAGCUUAAUCCAUUGCUACAAUUACAAGCAGAUGCAGGGGGUAAACAUUCAGUUUCUGGCAUUGAGGUGGAUGUGAUGCUGAAAGCUCAAGAGCAUCGUCUUCAGAAUAAAUUUCAUCAGAUGGACAAAUGCAAUGAUGUACAAAUCAAAGUUGAAUCCGUGUCCUUUAAUGGCGCACUUAAAGAUUUGAAGACGGUUUCAAGGAAACACAUGUUCUUUUUGUUGAAGAUGUUAGGACUGUUUGAGAAGAUGUGA